GUGUAUAUUAUAGGAUUAACUGGACUAAAGAGAUAUCAGUGGAUAGGAGGGAGGUAUAUCUCUGGAUUUAGAGGGAUAAAUGGGAACCAUGGGAUUUACUGGUUAAAGGGAUAUCAGUGGAUAGAGAGGGAUAUCUGUGCAUUUGACGGGAUAAAGCGGAAAUUGGGGGAUUGGAUGGGUUAGUUGAGUUCGGGGAAUUUCCUCAGUAUCCCCUUUAUAUCCCCUUGCAAAAUAUUUUUUUCAAGGUCCAUCAACUAGCAGUGGUGGUGGACGUGGACGGCAACAACAGGCAGCCGUUCAUUAUCCAAAUCCAAAGGAAACUAAAGUUACAAUGUACAAAAGAUUAAAACGAUUUGGUAGUUGGAUAAGAAAGACGGCAUCAGAGAAGGAUUGUGCCUUAAUUGUUUUGACACUCUUUGUGAUCCUAGCUUUUGGAAUAGCUAUUCUAUUAAACAACUACUAUUUGAAUUGAAUUAAAAUUUUAUGUGCUUCCUACAAAAAUCCCAAUCUUUUUUUAAAUUAAAAAAUUAUUCAGUGUUUGUAUAAAUCGUGCUGCAAACUCUGUGCUUUCUACGUCUCUAAUAUUUUUUUCCUUUUAAUUUUUCUAUUCAAAAAUUAUUUAUUUUUUAAAAAAAUUGGUCGUAUCUGCAUUUAUUUUUAUAAUUAUAGACUAUAAAUUAAAUUAAUUAAAUAUAUUUAUUUUUUCCCUAGUUUUUCUUGUUUAUGUACCACCAAAUUUUAUUGUUUUUUUAGAACAUAUCCUUUUAUUUUAAUCUUAAUUUUUCUUCUUUUCCGUAAUUUUGUGUCUUAAAUUCUUUCAUAAAAUUAUAUUUCCCAUUGAAUUUAAAUUUAAUUAAAAAUUUAAUUAAAUAUUUGGCGCUAAUAAGGAAGGAAAAUAAUGUAAGAUGUCCCCUUUAUUCGUCCAAGUAUUUGGACUUAGGCUUUAGGAUUGACCUUUUGGGUCUUCUGGAGUAGGCCCUUACUAAUAACCUGCAAAAUCUAUUUUCCAUAGUCGGAUCCGGGUUUCUAGCAGAACCAGACCAGAAAUCGGGUAACCCUUUCUGUUUCGAUUCGGAACUAAUCAGGAGACCGCAAAAAACUCCGGAUUCGGGACCUUGACACUGUAAAAGUCUGACCGGAUCCGAUCGGCGCCUGUCACUAUUAAAUACACAUUUUCCUUCCUUAACUAAAAAUUUUGGUAAAAAAUUUCUUUUUUUCCCAGUUG